AUGCAGCAGCUGCAGCAGCAGCAACAGCAGCAACUGCAGCAGCAGCAGCAGCAGCAGCAACCAGGUGAGCUGUCUGCUGUUGCAGCAGCUGCUGCUUCUGCUGCAGCUGCUGUCUUUGAUAGCCAGGUGAAAAACUGCGCGAUGCAGAUGCUGCUGCUGCUGAAAGAAGACCCGCAGCAGCAGCAGCAACAGCAGCAGCUACAGCAGCAACAGCAGCAGCUACAGCAGCAGCAGCAGCAGCAGCAGCAGCAGGAGCUACGCUAUAGGACGCAGCAACAAAUGCAUGCAGAGAUAGAGAGGGCGCCUUGUCGGGGCCGGCGGGGGCGACACAGCAGCAGCAGCAGCAGCAGCAGCAGCAGCAGAAAGGGGAGAAGCAGCAGGAGGAGUCCGAGCAGCAGCAGCAGCAGCAGCAGCAGCAGCAGUAGCAGCACGAGCAGCAGCAGCAGCAGGAGGGGCAGCAGGGAGAGGUGCAGCCGGUGCAUGCAUCUGCAGCAGCAGCUGCAUAUAGAUAAAAUAAAAAGAAGAGAAAGAGACAAAGAAGCAGCAGAACUCUUCUUACGGGUUGCUGCUCACAUUGCCUCUAUAAGCGGAGAAGCACGGGAAGCUGCUGCUGCUGCUGCUGCUGCUGCAGCCACAGCGUCCUAUAACAAGCAGCAGCAGCAGCUGCAGCAGCAGCAGCAACUGCUGCAGGAGGAAAGGCAGAGAUCCGCUGACCUGCAGCAACAGCUUCUGCUGCUGCAGUCUGAGGUCGAUAGGCUGCAGCAGCAGCUGCAGCAGCAGCAGCAGCUGCAGCAGGAACAGCAACACCUGCAGCAGCAGCAGCAGCAGCAGCAGGAGGUGCUGCAGCAGCAGCAGCAGCAGCAGGAGCAGGAGCAGCAGGAGGAUCAACAGCAGCAGGAGGAGAGGCGAGAGCAGCAGCAGAAGCAGCAACAGCAGCAGCAAGUGCUGCUGCUGCUGCAGCAGCAUUCUGCUUCUCUAUGGGAAAGGCUGCUGGGGCAGGUAGACCCGCUGCUGCAGCUGUCGCUGCUGCGGGUGGAGAGACUGGGGUUGCAGCUGCAGCAGCUGCAGCAGCUGCAGCAGCAGCAGCAGCAGCAGCAGAAGCAACAAGAGAGAGAGCGACUGCGCCACCAGUCGCUGCAGCACCAGCCACAGCAGCAGCAGCAGCACCAGCAGCAGCAGCAGCAGCAGCAGCAGGAGCAUCAACAGCUGCAGCACCUAACCCUGACGCCCUUUUCUCCCGUUGGUUUACACAUGCACCUGCAGCAGCAGCACCUGCAGCAGCAGCAGCAGCAUCAUCAUCACCAGCACCUGCAGCAGCUGCAGCAGCAGCAGCAGCUGCAGCAGCAGCAGCAGCAGUGGCAGCGGCAUCUGCUGCUGCAUAGCAGCAAGCGCAGCAGCAGCCGAGAAGAGUUGAGGGAAGCAAAGGGAGAAGCAGACACCCUAUCGAGGCCCCUCUCUCCUAGCAGCCCGCAGCAGCAGCAGCAGCUGUUGCUGCUGCGGCAGCAGCAGCAGCAGCAGCAGCAGCACCAGCUGCAACAGCAGCAAGAGCAGCUGUUGCUGCACCAGCAGCAGCAGGAGCACCAGCAGGAGCAGCAGCAGCAGCAGGAUACAUAG